ACUCUGUCUCUUUAAAUGUCACCAACUCAUUUGGAACUAACUGCCUGACCAACCUGACCGGCAAAUUCGUCUAACACUGUGUGCUGGUACAGAGCACCUGUAGCGCAUGUUAUAGCAAAAAUGUUUUAUUUCCUCAGAAUUUAUGAUUUAUGAUAGGGCAUUUAUGAUUUCAUCAAUGGAUCAGGAUUAUUGUAAUUUGGCAAAAAAGGAAUCUCUCUUACACUGAUCAUCAACUAUGGUUUACAGCAACCGCUAUGGAGUGAUUUUUGCCUGCACCUGUGGUGUGAUCAUGGGCGUGGGAUUUGGUGCCAACCUCCUGGUCUUCUCCCUCUUCGCUAAACACAACACCCUGCGCAAGAACCGCCUGGAUGCACUCCUCCUCAGUAUGACCCUGGCAGAUUUUUUCAGCCUGCUCCUGAUCCCCUUUACCCUGCACUCUGCUGUCAGCUUCUCCUGGCCACUGGGCGACACGUCCUGCAAAAUCUACCAGUUCCUGCUGGCUUUCUCCCUGGCUGCCAGCACCUACUCACUGUGUGCAGUCUCGAUGGCACGGUUCAUGAUCAUCACCAACCCAUACCAGCCUCCUUCCACAGACCUGGUUGUGCUGAUGCUCGUCAUGGCCUGGGCUUUGAGCUUCUUCAUCAGUCUGCCCUUGCGCAUUUUUGCCACUAAGGAGAGCCUGGUGCCAGGUUUGACCAACUAUACCUUCUGCCUGCCCACCAUCCAGGAGCACCACUACCAAGUGGUACUAAGCCAGUUUGUGCUCUACUACUUUAUACCAAUGAUGGUAAUUGCUGUCAACUAUGUACGCCUGGCUCUGUUCCUACACAAAAGCCCUGUGAUGUCCACAGCCAGUGCCAGGAACACACGCAGAGCUUCCCUCAUGGUGUUCCUUGCUGCUGGGACCUUCACUGUGUGCUGGCUGCCAGGUUACAUCCUGGAGCUGUGUGUAUAUCUGGGCCUCUACAUGCAUGGCCAGUCCUGGGAGAUGUUCUACUUCACCUGCACUGUGCUUCAGUACCUGCAUCCCUGUGUUAACCCCGUUCUGUAUGUGCUGCUAUCCAAGCGCUACCGGAGCCAACCAGGAGUCUGGCUGUUUCACUGUAACCGUAACAAGGUGCACCCUCAGAUCAUCAGUGUGACUGAGAGCUUCUGAUACUGAAAAACAUGAGUACUCAUGGCUAUCUGAAGAUUUUUAAAGAAGAAGCUUGAAAUAAUGUUUUGUUUUUCUAUUUAAUUUAUUAAUAAUGCUGAUGUUGGUUUAAGAAAACUGAUGUUGGCUGGGUUUCCCAAAAGCUUCCUUUUACAAAGAUAAUAGGAAAAUUUCCACUUCUGACAUGGCCCAGACCGGGGUGACCGGGACUGGUGAAAGGACUGGGUUGGGGGCUUGGACAAUUAUGGUAACAGGGACUGGGAGAAAAACUAGUGCCCAGAGAGUGAUGGGGAUUGGGAAAGGGAUUGUGAUGGGGGCUCGAAUAGUGACAGAGACUGGUUGAGGGACUAGGAUGGGGGCUUGGAUUGUGACAUGGUAAAAGCCAUGGCUCUUCCUCUAACAGGACUAAGCUAUUGACUGUGAAAAAAUGACUUGAAUUCUCUCCUCUGCACCGGCUCCACUCUUUUAAUGAAUUUUGAUCUUGAUACUGUAUAAAACAUGUACCUUUGUCCUGUUUUUUUUUCUUUCAUUUUGCAGACAAACAAAAAUUCUGUAUUAGCUGCAACAAUCUGUGUAAUUUGACCCAAUUCGGGAAGUCCUGAGCAUGAGCCAAUACAGAGAAUUAAGAAUCA